GACGCGCACCAUACGGCGCGCGUCGCCGCGUCCCCUACGCCGUAGGUUACGCCGUAACCGUACGCCGUAGGUUCUGCGUCGAUUUAACGCGGAACCAUAAUCCAGCCUUCACCGCCGCUUGAGCAGCGCUGGCGCACUUCUCCCACUGCUAACUUCGCACUGUGACGCAUUUAGAAAACAAAAACAAAGGUGACUAAACCUGAACAUCCAGUGUGGCCUUUUGGACGUUAAACUCGGACAUGUUAAAGGCUGUUAAAGUCGUCGUAGCUGCGCGAUAGCGACGCGUCUGCAGACCAUCUGUAGGCGGACUGGAGCUAACCCCGCUAGCACUAACUUGGGAUAAAGUCGUGGAAAAGUCCCAUUUAGCUCCUAAGUUAGGAAACCAGCUAGACCGGGGUUUUUCUUUCUUGUUUUAAUAGACUCUGUGACUGAUCGGGAAACAGCCUCAUGGCAGCGGGGGUGAGAGACGGGGAAGCGGCGCUGAAGGGUCUGGGUGAUCCGAGUGUUGUGAACAAUAGCAGCUCCAGCAGAGACCGGGGAGACCGGGGAGACGGGCAGGCUCGGUCUAGUACUCCCUGCUCCUCCGGGGAUGGCGAGGAGGAUACAAACCAACUGCAGACUAGCACAGCCUCCACGGUGGAAAAUGGCGAGGAGGCUUUUGAAAACAGUCCCACCAAAACGAGAAGUGCGCCGGAGAGAUGGAGGACCGCGGGCUGUGAGCAGCAGCAGCAGCCGGGAGGAAGCGGCUCUGCCCCGGCCACACUGCCCCACACUCACCCGCCACCCGGGCCCACUGGCAGCCUCGAGCGCCAAGAGUCAGUCGCCACAACUGAAGCUCGUUUAAGGAUGGAAGGAGUUGAACUUAAAGAAGAGUGGCAAGAUGAGGAUUUUCCACGGCCCCUCCCUGAGGAAGAGGAGCUUGAUGAGGAGCUUUUUGGAGGAACCUCAGAAGAGAUACACUCAGCUACUGUAGAGUAUGAUUCUGUUGAGAACCAUGGCAAGAAGACCCGGAAGAAACUGGCUGCUCCGAACAUCAGCCUCACACUGGACCGCAGCGACGGCUCUAUUCUCUCUGAUGAGCUGGAUGAAAGUACAGAGCUGGACCUCGACGACAUGGACACGCCUUCUGACAACAGCAAUGAGUUUGAAUGGGAAGAUGAUCUCCCAAAGCCCAAAACAACAGAAGUACUACAGAAAGGUGUGGAGUCCGUUCAGGAGUAUUCCGCCUCGGAGGAGCGGGAGGAGGGCCGGCGCUGGAGGGUGUUUCGUUUCGGAGAUCAAGAUCACAGAGUUGAUAUGAAGGCCAUUGAACCGUACAAAAGAGUAAUCAGCCAUGGAGGUUACUAUGGAGAUGGGUUAAAUGCCAUAAUUGUGUUUGCUGUAUGCUUUAUGCCUGAGAGCAAUCAACCAAACUACAGAUACAUCAUGGAUAAUUUAUUCAAGUAUGUCAUCGGCACGCUCGAGCUCUUGGUUGCUGAGAACUAUAUGAUUGUGUAUUUAAAUGGAGCAACGUCCCGGAAAAAGAUGCCGACUGUCGGCUGGCUCAGGAAGUGUUACCAGCAGAUUGACAGGAGGUUACGAAAGAACUUGAAGUCUUUGAUAAUCGUGCACCCAUCUUGGUUCAUCCGUACCCUGCUGGCACUCACAAAACCCUUCAUAAGCUCUAAAUUUACUCAGAAAAUCAAGUACGUCUACAGCUUGACGGACCUUGCUGAACUUGUUCCGAUGGAGUAUGUGUCCAUACCAGAAUGUAUCAAACAGUUUGACGACGAAAAAAAUAGGAAAAGCCAUAAAAGGUUUAGAGUUUAAUGUUGUUGAUGUUUGAAUCGACCAGGACAUGCACAGAAGAGUGGAGAUUGCAACCGCUGCUGCCCCAGAGUGACACAAUCGCACUGCAGGAUAAACGCGGAGAACGACGUAGAACUAAAACCACAGCUGCUCAUGUUCAUGAUCCAGUCCACAGGGCCGGGAACUUCACUGCAUCUGAAAAGUGCCUUUUUGAAACAAGUCAUCCUGUAACAUCAUCAGAGCUUCUUUUUUUUUGAACAAGCAGCUUAAUUAUCAACAUUUUGUCCACAUGCUGUCUGAAAUGUUUUUAAUCCCUUUUAUUUACUCCUGUAUAUUAUAUCAGAUUUGGCUUAUUGGGGUUCCAUAGUUACUGUUGUAUCUACACUUUAUUUAACUCACUCUGUUACAAGUUGUUGAUGCAGGUUCUGCUUUAUUACAUUUAAAUAUAUAUAUUUAUAUUCAAACGGUGUCAAAGGAGAUAAAUUAAUAUAUUUUUAUGGUCUUGAUUUUUUUUUUUUAAUUGCUUUUUAGGUCUUGAUGGCACCUUUUUCACUGUUCACUGCUGGUGUUUUCUGUUGAAAUCCUGCCUGGGGGAAAUAAAGCUUUAUUUUGCUGCCCCUCACCUGAUAGUGCCCUUUGCCUGGUGGAGAGUGAGCAUUUGUAAAAAAAAAAAAAAAAAAAAAGACAUUCGCAAUUAAAAAUGCAGCUC